AAAUAUUACACUUGAUAAUACAGAGAAGUUCGUAUUAUAUCACAAAUUGUUAAUUAAAAAAUAGUAUUUUUGAAUAAAAUGUUGCACUUGCAGAUUACAAAUUUUUGCAUUUAAUUUAUGCACUUGAUAACACAGAGAAUAUUAUAUCACAUAUUGUUAUUUAGAAAAUAGUAUUUUUAAAUUAAAUAAAUCGAGUAAAUACAAUGUUACUUGCAGAUUUUACAUUUUUGAAGUUAAAAGAUUCAAAGUUUUGUGGUAGUUGGAGGCGGCAGCUCUAGAUGUUACAUCAUCUUAGCUUUUACCUGCUAGAGUAGUUAACUUACGUCUUCUGCUAAUAAGUAUAGAAUUUUAUGAAAGUUUUUUCACGAUUUCCAUUAACACACGCAACCAAGUGCAAAAAAAUAGCCGGAUAAAUAUAAUUUAUACCAUCAGUUUUCACUUGAAGGGCAAUGUUCUUCAAGAAAAUCUUGAUGCCGUGCGGGCUAUGCGCAGCAGUGCCUGUGGUAAAACCAGCGAAUUCAUCACAGGACAGUAUGCCAGCUGACAGCCACGAGUCAAAAAUCAAAGAGUUAAUUCGGCCAUCCGAGUUGCCUAUUUAUACCUUUGAAGACGAUUACUGUAAACAGAGCCCAUGCAAGGAGUGUCCACCUUCUGCGUUGGAACAGAAUAUAUCCAAAGUCCGGAAAUCAAUUCAGGCAGUUGUGUCGGAGUACCAGCAUUACACUGGCGUCGUCUCGGAUACCAUCAGUAUCGGUUACGAACAUAGUAAUUCUCUCUUAGAUUACCUCCGUGAAGAAAGUAACGUUAUGCCACGAAUGGGAGCUAUCGGUAUCGGUGGAUUGGCUGGAUUGAUACUUGGACUCAGGGGACGCACGUUCAAGCGAAUAGUGUACUCUAGCACAGGUGCUGUCACCAUGGCGGCUAUCUGCUACCCUAGAAAGGUGGAGGAAGGAUUCGAUGCGGCGAAACACUACGUAAACGUCGGCUACAAUUUUAUUUACGGUGUUAAACCGGGUGACGACCAGCAGCUGGGAACGAAAUCGGAAUUGCCAGAUGUGAAAAUACCAACAUCUUUCUCCGAGUUUGUAGACUUAACGGUCAAUACGGGCUCGAUGAUCUCUAGCGCCGUUGUUGACUUCGCGUCGAACACAUACGCAUAUUUAAGUACUAAAAAGGAGGAUAAUCAGUCGCCAACCAAAUUAGAGACUAAACAGGAUUAGGUAUUUUAUGACAAUACAUAUACAUAAUUAUAUAUAUAGUGCAAUGUAACAAAGGAUGUAUAAACAUGUUUUGUUAAAUAGGGUGAGGAAUAAAUUGUGUAAUAAAUU